UCAGUUUAGAUGCAGAGUUUCUAAUAAUAAAGCCAAUGCCUCCCUUUUUUCCAAUCAUGAGAUAAAAAUGCAUCACAAUUCAAUUUGAUCGAUUUUCCAAUCGGAUCAAUUUGAGGUGACAAAUGUGAAGACUCCUAAGACUCUUCAAAUUCAGAAGUUCCCCACUUACAGACAUCAUUGGGAGAGAGAUUAGAUCGAUUAUAUAGGAAUUCAUUGAGAGCCCACCAUAUAUCGUAGCAAAGAAAUGAAACAACGAUGGCAAUUGAUCAACCAUUCAGCUAUCUUCAGAUUGAAUCUUCACUCAAGAAGAGAGCCAAAUGAGAAGUGUCAAAGACUGGGAUCUCUCAUUGACUCGCGCAAUGAUGGAAUUUAUAAACUCUGUUUCCUUGCUUUAUAGUCCAUGGAGGAAGCUAUUUUGUUAGAGUUUCGGAACUGGAACCGCUUGUCGGUGUCGAUCUCUGUUCUGCGUCUUCUAAAGGGUUUUAGGGUUUUCCCUUCGGCUACUUAUUUUUGGAAUGCUCGCAAAGAAGGUUAUUACCGGUGUUGCUCUUCCAUCCGGUUCUGAUAAGCUUUAUUCUUCUAGCAAAGAUCAAUCUGUACGUGCUUGGGACUGUCACACUGGGCAGUGUGCUGCUGUGGUCAGUUUGGGUGGUGAAAUUGGAUGCAUGAUGAGUGAAGGGCCGUGGCUUUUUGUUGGCAUUCCAAACUCUGUUAAGGUGUGGAACACCCAAACUGCCUCUGAUUUUAGUUUCAGUGGACCUGUUGGACAAGUGCAUUCCCUUGUUGAGGGAAAUGGGUUACUUUUUGCUGGAACCCAGGAUGGUAAAAUACUGGCAUGGAAAAUCGAUGCUACAAGAAACUGCUUUCAACCAUCUGCAUCACUUGAGGGUCACAGUCUUCCUGUUGUUUCAUUAGUUGUUGGAGCUGAUAGGCUGUACUCAGGCUCAAUGGACCAUACGAUAAGAGUGUGGGACCUAGAAACUUUACAAUGUAUCCUUACACUGACAGGCCAUACAUCAGCUGUGAUGUCUGUUCUUUGUUGGAAGGAUUAUCUAUUAUCAUGUUCACUUGACAAAACAAUAAAGGCGUGGGCUGCUACAGAAAGUGGCAACAUUGAAGUAUUCAUACACAAUGAAGAAAAUGGUGUGCUCACCCUUUGUGGAGUCCAUGAUUCACAAGUGAAACCUGUCCUGACGUGUUCAUGUGAAAAUACUGUACACAUUUAUGAUUGUGAUGCAACUUAGAGACCUUGGUUUCGUUUUUUCCCUGCUGAUGGCCAUGCCGAAGGUGGAGAAUUGAAUCAAAAUUUGGUUUGUAUCUCCGUCCAUACCUGGACGUUAAUCCUGUAUACAAUCAACAGUAGCAUUAUUUGUGAAAUAGUCUCCUGUAAUUUUUGUUGGCAUGAAUAUUUUUUGGUCAUGGAUGAUGCCUUCCCAAUUGGAAGAAGGUUUGUGCCGAGAUUAACCUGAUUUAUAAUGGAAAUUCAGUUCAAGCAAAGCUCUGAACUUUAUUUUUUACUUAAUUUUUUUCUAUUUUUCAUUACCUCCUGUAUUUUUUAGAGGUCAAGUGGACAGUUUCAGAGAACAUCAGUAAAUAAAGUGAAUGAGAUUGUUAAUUGA